AUGCCUCACAUCCCAAGAACUCUUCCAAGGGUUUUGACUGUUCCUAGAAUUAUUUCUGACCUGGAUAAUGAAUCAAACAUUAGUUCUUCUGGAUGUCAGGAGCAGAAAAUCAUUGUGGCAAACAUGUUGCCUCUGCAGGCUAAAAGAGAUAUUGAUACUGCUAAAUGGUGUUUCAAUUGGGAUGAAGAUUCAAUUCUAUUACAACUUAAAUAUGAUUUUUCUUCUGAUACUGAGGUAAUCUAUGUGGGUUCUUUCAAAGCUGAGGUAGAUGCUAGUGAGCAGGAUGAAGUUGCUCAGAUAUUACUGGAUGACUUUAAUUGUGUGCCUACCUUUCUACCACAUGAUCUGCAGAAAAAGUUUUAUCUUGGAUUUUGUAAGCAGCAGCUCUAG